AUGCCAUCCACAUCAGACGACUAUGAUUGCUCCAUUGCCGAGCUCAAACUCCUUAUGGAGCUGAGAGGCGCAGAGGCGUUGGAGAAGAUAAACAGUGCAUACAACGGAGUGGAAGGACUCUGUCACAAACUAAAAACAGAUCCGAUCAACGGACUACCCAACGACACAAAAGAGCUACAAAAUCGGCGGACGGCGUUCGGAAAGAACGAGAUCCCGCCGGCGCCGUCGAAAUCGUUCUGGCGAUUGGCGUGGGAGGCACUUCAGGAUAUCACGCUGAUCAUUUUGCUUGUCGCCGCGUUGGUCUCACUCGGAUUGUCAUUUUAUAAACCGCCCGCAGAGCAUGCAAGCAACGACUCAUCAGAAUCCGAAGCCGGAUGGAUCGAAGGAGUGGCGAUUCUGGUGGCUGUGUUGGUCGUCGUGUUGGUCACUGCGCUCAACGAUUGGACCAAAGAGAAACAGUUUAGAGGACUCCAAUCAAAAAUCGAAACAGAGCACAAAUUUUCGGUGAUCCGAAACGGAGAACCCCAUGACAUUGUGGUCAACGAGCUGGUCGUCGGAGACAUUGCACGUGUCAAAUACGGAGACUUGCUGCCAGCGGACGGAAUACUCAUUCAGUCGAACGAUCUGAAAAUCGACGAGUCCUCACUGACAGGAGAAUCGGAUUUGAUCCGAAAAUCGGAGGAGUUCGAUCCGGUGCUCCUAUCCGGGACUCACGCGAUGGAAGGAUCGGGAAGGUUCUUGGUGACAGCUGUCGGGUUGAACAGUCAGACUGGAAUUAUAAUGAGUUUGUUGGGUGCGGCAAAGGAGAAGAAGGAGGAGAAGCCACGAGAGGAGACGACGACACUUACGAAUGGAGGAGCUCAUGGAGCCAAUGGACUAACGAAUGGAAUCGAGAAGACGGGAGAUAUUGCUGCGGCGUCGGAUGAUGGUGAAGAGGUCGGACGGAUGACCAAGUCAGUACUUCAGACCAAGUUAUCAAAUCUUGCACUUCAAAUCGGAUAUAUCGGAUCAGUGGUCGCUGCGGCUACAGUACUCAUCUUGAUCAUUAGACAUUGCAUUUCCAACUAUGCUAUCGAUGGGAAAUCGUUCCAGGCCUCUGACAUCUCUCACUUUGUCAAUUUCAUCAUCAUCGGUGUUACCGUACUCGUCAUCGCCGUUCCAGAAGGUCUCCCCCUCGCCAUCACUCUUGCCCUCACAUAUUCCGUCAAGAAAAUGAUGAAGGACAACAAUUUGGUACGCCAUUUGGACGCUUGUGAGACAAUGGGAAAUGCCACGUCGAUUUGUUCGGAUAAGACGGGAACACUGACGACGAAUCGGAUGACAUGCGUUCAACAGUAUAUUAAUCACGAAUUUUACAAAGGAAAUGCUCCAAAAUAUGAGCAAAUGGACCCAUCAACCCGCGACCUUCUAUUCAACGGAAUCGUUUGUAAUUCUGGAUACAAUUCUACCGUAGUCGAGCCAAAAACACCCGGUGAGCAACGAGGACAAAUUGGAAAUAAGACGGAAUGCUCCCUUCUCGGAUUCAUUUUGGACAGUGGGCGGAGCUAUGAGGACUUGAGAAGACAAUUCCCCGAGGAGAAGCUUUAUAAAGUAUACACAUUUAAUAGUUCCCGGAAGUCUAUGAUGACAGUAAUCGAAUUGGGCGACAAGAAGUAUCGAGUGUUCGCAAAGGGAGCCUCUGAGAUCAUCUUGACUCGAUGCAACUUUAUUUUCGGGAAAUCCGGCAAAAUCGAUCCAUUUGGACCGAAAGAGGCGGCUGCUCUGACAAAAAAUGUGAUUGAACCAAUGGCAUCCGAUGGUCUCCGUACAAUUGGUCUCGCUUUCAAGGAUCUUGUCCCAAGUGGUACCAAGAAACACGAAUAUGAGGAAGAGUAUGAUGGGGAGAUCGAUUGGGAGGAUGAGGAGAAAGUGAGAGAAGGACAGACCGUCAUUGCUGUCAUGGGAAUUCAGGAUCCGGUACGACCAGAGGUGCCGGCGGCGAUUGCCAAGUGUCAGAAGGCUGGGAUUACAGUUCGAAUGGUCACCGGAGACAACAUCAACACGGCUCGCUCAAUCGCCACCCAAUGUGGUAUCAUGACACCCGGUGGAGACUUUUUAGCCCUCGAAGGAAAGGAAUUCAACGCAAGAAUCCGUGACGCCGAUGGAAAAGUGAAUCAGCAAAAGUUGGAUGCAAUUUGGCCAAAGUUGAGAGUGCUCGCAAGAGCUCAACCCUCGGAUAAAUAUGUUCUCGUAAAGGGAAUCAUCGACUCAACUAACAGUAAGAACAGAGAAGUCGUCGCUGUCACUGGAGACGGAACUAAUGAUGCGCCAGCGUUGAAGAAGGCUGAUGUCGGAUUUGCUAUGGGAAUUGCGGGUACCGAUGUGGCCAAAGAAGCCUCCGACAUCAUUCUGACUGACGAUAACUUCUCAUCGAUCGUGAAAGCAGUCAUGUGGGGACGAAACGUCUAUGACUCGAUUGCCAAGUUCCUACAAUUCCAACUGACAGUCAACGUCGUCGCCGUGACAAUCGCCUUCAUCGGAGCAUGCGCCAUCUCUGACUCCCCGCUGAAGGCUGUCCAGAUGUUAUGGGUCAAUCUGAUCAUGGACACCCUCGCCUCACUUGCCCUGGCCACUGAGAUGCCAACAGAGGAUCUGCUCAACCGUAAACCCUACGGACGUACCAAAUCGUUGAUCUCUCGGACGAUGGUCAAGAAUAUCGUCGGACACGCCAUCUACCAGCUCGCCAUUCUCUUCGCCAUCAUGUUCUGGGGUGAUAAGCUCAUUCCAAAUACUCCCUCGGGUAGAAAUGCUCCGUUGGGAAGUCCACCGAGUGCUCACUUCACUAUUAUCUUCAAUGCGUUCGUUUUGAUGACUCUUGUCAAUGAGAUCAAUGCCAGAAAGAUUCAUGGAGAGAGAAAUGUUUUCAAGGGAAUCUUCACGAAUCCAAUCUUCUGUGUCAUCUGGAUCACUACCCUCAUCUCGCACAUUCUUAUCGUCCAAUUCGGUGGUCAAUGGUUCUCCACAGCACCACUCGACAUGACACAAUGGAUCAUUUGUAUUGCGUGUGGUAUUGGAGAGCUCUUCUGGGGACAGAUCAUCAAUUGUAUUCCCGCCUCAAUCCUUCCCAAAUCAUUCCGAUUCGGGAAGGGAGACGUCCAACCGACGAGCAUCAUGCUCUCCGGCGAGUACGAUAUGCCGAGCACCGCGUCGACGUUGCCGAUGAAGGACGGACAAGUUCAUGAUGAUAAGAGGCCCGGACAGGUUCUAUGGCUUCUCGGGUUGACCAGGUUGCAGACACAGAUACGAGUGGUAAAAGCAUUCCAAUCGGUCAACGACGACUCCCAUCCGAACUCGCUGACCACGUCGACCGCCGACCGUCUACGGGCCUCGUACCGACGACUGAGGAUCGCCCGAGAGCUGGAACAACAAAAAAGGGCUGGUGGCCUACGAGCCGGUGGACAGGUAUAUUCUACGGAAACAAAUGCUAAGGAUACAUCCGGAAUAAGAUUCGCUUAG